GACGGACAAACUAAGGCUACCUGCCGGCGCCGGGCAGGAAACUCGUCUCUGAAGUCUAAGUCUUAAUAAGUGCUCCUUCGUAUUGAAUUCUUAUUCUUUUUCUUUUUAUUAUUGCUGUCUUCCUGCCCCCGAGCUGUUUUCCCCCAUUUGUGUCGAUCCCGCCGCCGCAUUGGAAGAAUGUUCCACGGAUCGCUCGCUGGUAACUCCUUGUUUUCUUCGAUCCCGAUCGCUCCUUCUCCGAAACCUAGAGCGCGGAGUCCCCCCAAUGCGGCUUUCGCAGUGCGAUCCCAUGCGGUGGAGUCGUCGAGCCUUAAUCCGGCGGCGGCCGCGGUGUCGUCGCCGCCGUACCCUGGAGGGAUGGGGCCCCACACGGGGCGCGACCCGACCGUGAAGAAGCCCGACUGGCUGCGGCAGAGGGCACCGCAGGGGGAGAAGUUCGCCAGGCUCAGGGAGUCGCUCUCCGAGCUCAAGCUCAACACCGUCUGCGUCGAGGCGCAGUGCCCCAACAUUGGAGAGUGUUGGAAUGGAGGUGGAGGGGCGGGUGGAGAAGGGGAUGGCAUUGCAACUGCAACCAUCAUGCUUCUAGGGGAUACAUGUACACGGGGAUGCAGAUUUUGUGCUGUGAAAACAAGCAGAAAUCCAGCACCGCCAGAUCCUACGGAGCCUGAAAAUACUGCUCGGGCAAUUGCCAGCUGGGGUGUGGACUAUAUUGUAUUGACUAGUGUGGAUCGAGAUGACCUUCCUGAUGGUGGAAGUGGCCACUUUGCUGAGACAGUCAAAGCUAUGAAGAGGUUCAAACCUGAUAUAUUGGUUGAGUGUCUAACCUCUGAUUUUCGAGGCGAUUUGGAAGCUGUGUCAACUUUGGUUCAUUCCGGGCUUGAUGUUUUUGCCCACAACAUUGAAACCGUGAUGCGCUUGCAAAGAAUCGUGAGAGAUCCUCGAGCAGGGUAUGGGCAAAGCUUAUCUGUUCUGAAGCAUGCAAAGCUUUGCAAGGAAGGGAUGAUUACAAAAUCUUCUAUCAUGCUUGGUCUUGGUGAGAAGGACGAGGAGGUGAAGGAAGCUAUGGCUGAUUUAAGGGCUAUUGGUGUCGAUAUUUUGACUUUGGGACAGUAUUUGCAGCCGACACCUUUGCACCUGACAGUGAAAGAAUAUGUUACUCCUGAGAAGUUUUCCUUCUGGAAGGAGUAUGGAGAAUCUAUUGGUUUUAGUUAUGUUGCUAGCGGACCAUUGGUUCGGUCGUCCUACAGAGCCGGUGAGCUGUUUGUUCAAAAUUUGGUGAGAAAUAACGUGACCAAGCAUGCUUGCCCUGGAUCAUAGUCGUUCUCAAUCGAAGUCACCAGCAUUUGAAUAAUCAAAUAUGAUCUAAUAACGCGGUAGGAUAGCAGCAGCAGAAACUAACCGACGGAAUCCUAUUCUUUUGCUUGGACAGUUUACCAGAAAGCCUUGAAUUCUAAAGUUUCUGUUCAUGGAUAACUUUCUCGGUUAGUUAAAAGCUGAUGCCGUCUAUUUUACCGCUACCAGUGCUAUAUAGUUCACAAUUUUCUAUUUUAUUGUGCUUUUUUUAUUAUUAUUAUUAUCAUAUUUUAUUUACUAGUUUUGAAACCUGGAUCAAAGAGGGGAGAUUGAGUUCCUAGUUUCAGCACUUGUAUCAAUUCAUUGAGCUUCAUGUUCUUUUAAUUCGACAAGUAUUUUCUUGGAGAUGUGCUUCUGCCGAAAUCCACACUGUUACGCUACAGCAGCUGACGUGGAGCUCAAGCGCCCCCAAAUGUGAGGUCCGCUUUUAAUUGGACGGCUCCGACCUGAAGUCGGUGCAUUCUUUCUACCUCCGCCCUCCUCUCUUGCCUGCGCACGAAGAGCUUAUGGGGAGGAUCGGAGUGCAAGAGUUCAUGAAGAGGACCUCUCUAGUCGAUAAAGUAAAAAGAUAGCAUUUUGAUCUGGUGCCUUUAAAUCUUCUUGAUUUGAAAUAAAGUUUGAUCAAUUACUAUUGGCAUGCU